AUGAUUAAUGAAUUUCACAGUAUUAAAUAUCCAUGUUCUACUUACAUUCCAAUGGGGCCCUUUUAUGUGAACAGUACUGGUAGUGAAAGGGUUUGUAAUGUUGUUGGUUCAAUUCCCGGUGAAGAUUAUGUUCUUGGUGAUAACUAUUUGAAAGCAAGUUAUCAGUAUGAACACAAACAUAAAUGGAGAGGUUUUGGUGUUGGUAUGGCUUACCUUGUCUUCUUCUUUUUCGUCUACUUGAUACUUUGUGAAUAUAAUGAGGGCGCUAAACAAAAAGGUGAAAUGUUAGUUUUUCCAUAUUCUGUGGUAAGAAAAAUGAAAAAGGAAGGUAAACUCAAGGAUAAAAAGGCUAAAGAUGAAUCAGACAUCGAAAAGUUUGCUGGGAAUGAAGAUAAUGCGUUAACUGACGCCGCUUUAUUAAAAGAUUCUGCCACAUCUAAUAAUGAGACGUAUCAUCCACAUCCAAUCACUAAAGAAGCUUUUGAACAUAGUGAGAGCUCUGAAGAUACUGCAUUAGCAAGGAUUAAAAGUGUCCAAACCAUUAAUUCUACUGCAGAAGACGAAACUGUACUCAAAAGUAUUAGAUCACAUCGUGAGGAGCUUAAUAAUGAUAUUGAUAACUUCAAAAUAUCAGACUCAAAAGCCAUAUUCCAUUGGAGAAAUGUUUGCUACGAUAUUAAGAUUAAAGGUGAAAAUAGAAGAAUUUUAAAUAAUGUUGAUGGAUGGGUUAAACCUGGUACUCUUACUGCUUUAAUGGGUGCUUCAGGUGCUGGUAAAACUACCUUAUUGGAUUGUUUGGCUGAAAGAGUAACAAUGGGUGUUGUUACCGGUAAAAUCUUUGUCAAUGGGCGCUUACGUGAUGAGUCAUUUGCAAGAUCAAUUGGUUACUGUCAACAGCAAGAUUUACAUUUGAAAACUGCUACUGUUCGAGAAUCACUAAGAUUUUCAGCUUAUUUACGGCAACCUGCCUCGGUUUCCAUUGCUGAUAAGAAUGCUUACGUUGAAGAAGUUAUUAAGAUUUUAGAAAUGGAACCAUAUGCUGAUGCCAUUGUAGGUGAAGCAGGUGAAGGCUUAAAUGUAGAACAAAGAAAAAGAUUAACAAUUGGUGUGGAACUAGCAGCAAAGCCAAGGUUAUUAGUAUUUUUAGAUGAACCAACUUCUGGUUUAGAUUCUCAAACUGCUUGGGCUACCUGUCAAUUAAUGAGAAAAUUGGCCACACAUGGUCAGGCAAUUUUAUGUACCAUUCAUCAACCUUCUGCCAUAUUAAUGCAAGAAUUUGAUCGUUUAUUAUUCUUGCAAAAAGGUGGUCAAACUGUAUAUUUUGGUGACCUAGGUGACGGUUGUAAAACUAUGAUCAAGUAUUUUGAGGAUCAUGGUGCUCAUAAAUGUCCACCAGAUGCCAAUCCAGCAGAAUGGAUGUUAGAAGUUAUUGGUGCUGCCCCAGGAUCCGUUGCAACUCAAGAUUAUCAUCAAGUUUGGAGAAAUUCAGAGGAAUAUAAGGCAGUUCAAAACGAGUUAACUUGGAUGGAGGCAGAGCUCCCAAAAGUUACAGAAGAAUCCCCUAAUGAGACAAUGAAACAAUUUGCAACCUCUAUACCAUACCAAUGUAAGUUGGUUUGUAUUCGUUUGUUCCAACAAUAUUGGAGAACGCCAAGUUACCUGUGGUCAAAAUUUAUCCUUACUAUUUUUAAUGAACUAUUCAUUGGUUUUACAUUUUUUAAAGCGAAUAGAUCCUUGCAAGGUUUACAAAAUCAAAUGUUAUCUAUCUUCAUGUAUACGGUUAUCUUUAAUCCGAUUUUACAGCAAUAUUUACCCUCUUUUGUUCAGCAAAGGGAUUUAUAUGAAGCAAGAGAACGUCCUUCAAGGACAUUUUCAUGGAAAGCUUUUAUUAUAGCUCAAAUUAUCGUCGAAGCUCCUUGGAAUAUUCUUGCAGGUACAAUUGCUUAUUGCAUUUACUAUUAUGCUGUGGGAUUCUAUAAUAAUGCUUCUGCAGCUAACCAAUUACACGAAAGAGGAGCUUUAUUCUGGUUGUUCACCACUGCUUUCUACGUUUACAUAGGUUCUAUGGGUAUUUUAGUUAUAUCAUGGAAUGAAGUGGCAGAAACUGCUGCGCACAUCGCUAAUUUACUAUUCACUAUGUCCUUAUCCUUCUGUGGUGUUAUGGUACAAAAAAAUUUGUUACCAAGAUUUUGGAUAUUUAUGUAUCGUGUGUCACCUGUCACAUAUCUUAUUGAUGCAAUGUUAUCAAUCGGUGUUGCUAAUGUCCCAGUCAAAUGUGCAGAUUACGAAUAUGUUCAAUUAACUCCUCCCCAAGGUAUGACAUGUGGACAGUAUAUGGCCCCGUAUAUUCAGAUGAUGGGUACCGGUUACCUAUCUGAUCCAGAUGCCACGGAUAUUUGCCAUUUCUGUAAAUUCUCUGAAACCAACGUAUUCUUAGCAACUGUUGGAUCUAUUUACGGCAGAAGAUGGAGAAACUAUGGUAUUUUCUGUGCAUAUAUUGUAUUUAACUACUGUGCUGGUAUAUUCUUGUAUUGGUUGGCAAGAGUACCAAAACACUCAGGCAAAUUGUCAAAAAAAUUAUAA